AUGUUUUCCCUUUUCCUUUAUCCCUUGUUCUCUUUCUUACUGCAACAAUGUUUUCCCUUUUCCUUUAUCCCUUGUUCUCUUUCUUACUGCAACAAUGUUUUCCUUUUUUCCUUUAUCCCUUGUUCUCUUUCUUACUGCAACAAUGUUUUUCCCUUUUCCUUUAUCCCUUGUUCUCUUUCUUACUGCAACAAUGUUUUCCUUUUUCCUUUAUCCCUUGUUCUCUUUCUUACAAUGUUUUCAACAAUAUCCCUUGUUCUCUUUCCUGCAACAAUUUUCCUUUUUCCUUUAUCCCUUGUUCUCUUUCUUACUGCAACAAUGUUUUCCUUUUCCUUUAUCCCUUGUUCUCUUUCUUACUGCAACAAUGUUUCCCCUUUUCCUUUAUCCUUGUUUCUCUUUCUUACUGCAACAAUGUUUUCCUUUUCCUUUAUCCCUUGUUCUCUUUCUUACUGCAACAAUGUUUUCCCUUUUUCCUUUAUCCCUUGUUCUCUUUCUUACUGCAACAAUGUUUUCCUUUUCCUUUAUCCCUUAUUUCUCUUUCUUACUGCAACAAUGUUUCCCCUUUUUCCUUUAUCCCUUGUUUUCUCUUUCUUACUGCAACAAUGUUUUCCCUUUUCCUUUAUCCCUUGUUCUCUUUCUUACUGCAACAAUGUUCUCUUUUUUCCAAUGUUUUUUUUCCUUUAUCCCUUGUUCUCUUUCUUACUGCAACAAUGUUUUCCCUUUUUCCUUUAUCCUUUUCUCUUUCUUUGCAUUUUCCCUUUUCCUUUUCCUUUUCCUUUCUUCCAACAAUAUUUUCUUUUCCUUUUCUUACUGCAACAAUGUUUUUCCUUUUCCUUUAUCCCUUGUUUCUCUUUCUUACACAAUUUUUCCCUUUUCCUUUAUCCUUGUUCUUUUCCUGCAACAAUGUUUUCCCUUUUCCUUUAUGUUCUCUUUCUUACUGCAACAAUGUUUUCCCUUUUCCUUUAUCCUUGUUCUCUUUCUUACUGCAACAAUGUUUUCCUUUUUCCUUUAUCCCUUGUUCUCUUUCUUACUGCAACAAUGUUUUCCUUUUCCUUUAUCCCUUGUUCUCUUUCUUACUCCAACAAUGUUUUUCUUUUCCUUUAUCCCUUGUUCUCUUUCUUACUGCAACAAUGUUUUUCCUUUUUCCUUUAUCCCUUGUUCUCUUUCUUACUGCUUACUCCUACAAUGUUUUCCCUUUUCCUUUAUCCCUUGUUCUCUUUCUUUGCAACAAUGUUUUCCUUUUUCCAACAAUGUUCUCUUUUUCCCUGUUUUCCUUUAUCCCUUGUUCUCUUUCUUACUGCAACAAUGUUUUCCCCCUUUUCCUUUAUCCCUUGUUCUCUUUCUUACUGCAACAAUGUUUUCCCUUUUUUCCUUUAUCCUUGUUUCUCUUUCUUACUGCAACAAUGUUUUCCCUUUUCCUUUAUCCUUGUUUUUUCUUUUUGCAACAAUGUUUUCCCUUUUUCUUUAUCCCUUGUUCUCUUUCUUACUGCAACAAUGUUUUCCCUUUUUCCUUUAUCCCUUGUUCUCUUUCUUACUGCAACAAUGUUUUCCCUUUUUCCUUUAUCCUUGUUCUCUUUCUUACUGCAACAAUGUUUUCCCUUUUCCUUUAUCCUUGUUCUCUUUCUUACUGCAACAAUGUUUUCCCUUUUUCCUUUAUCCCUUGUUCUCUUUCUUACUGCAACAAUGUUUUCCCUUUUUCUUUAUCCCUUGUUCUCUUUCUUACUGCAACAAUGUUUCCCUUUUUCCUUUAUCCUUGUUCUCUUUCUUACUGCAACAAUGUUUUCCUUUUCCUUUAUCCUUGUUUUCUCUUUUUCUCUUUCAACAAUGUUUUCUUUUUCCUUUAUCCCUUGUUCUCUUUCUUUCAACAAUGUUUUUUUCCUUUAUCCCUUGUUCUCUUUCUUACUGCAACAAUGUUUUCCUUUUUCCUUUAUCCCUUGUUCUCUUUCUUUCAAUAUUUUUCCUUUUCCUUUAUCCCUUGUUCUCUUUCUUACAACAAUUUUUCUUUUUCCUUUAUCCCUUGUUCUCUUUCUUACUGCAACAAUGUUUUUCCUUUUCCUUUAUCCCUUGUUCUCUUUCUACGUGCAACAAUGUUUUCCUUUUCCUUUAUCCCUUGUUCUCUUUCUUACUGCAACAAUGUUUUCCUUUUUCCUUUAUCCCUUGUUCUCUUUCUUACUGCAACAAUGUUUUUCCUUUUCCUUUAUUCCUUGUUCUCUUUCUUACUGCAACAAUGUUUUCCCUUUUCCUUUAUCCCUUGUUCUCUUUCUUAACAAUGUUUUUCCCUUUUCCUUUAUCCCUUGUUCUCUUUCUUACUGCAACAAUGUUUUUCCUUUUCCUUUAUCCCUUGUUUCUUUCUUACUGCAACAAUGUUUUCCUUUUCCUUUAUCCCUUGUUCUCUUUCUUACUGCAACAAUGUUUUCCCUUUUCCUUUAUCCUUGUUCUCUUUCUUACUGCAACAAUGUUUUCCCUUUUCCUUUAUCCCUUGUUCUCUUCUCUUGCAACAAUUUUUUUCCCUUUUCCUUUAUCCCUUGUUUCUCUUUCUUACUGCAACAAUGUUUUCCUUUAUUUUUCCUUUAUCCCUUGUUCUCUUUUCUUGUUUCUCUUUCUUGCAACAAUGUUUUCCUUUUUCCUUUAUCCCUUGUUCUCUUUCUUACUGCAACAAUGUUUUCCCUUUUCCUUUAUCCCUUGUUCUCUUUCUUGUUUUCCCUUUUCCUUUAUCCCAAUCUUUUUUCCAACAAUUUUUCCUUUAUCCUUAUUUCUCUUUCUUACUGCAACAAUGUUUUCCUUUUUCCUUUUCCCCUUUUUCCUUUAUGUUUUCCCUUUUUCCUUUUCCUUGUUCUUUCUUACUGCAACAAUGUUUUCCCUUUUUCCUUUAUCCUUGUUCUCUUUCUUACUGCAACAAUGUUUUCCCUUUUCCUUUAUCCCUUGUUCUCUUUCUUACUGCAACAAAUGUUCUCUUUCUUUCCACAAUGUUUUCCCUUUUUCCUUUAUCCCUUGUUCUCUUUCUUACGUCCACAAUGUUUUCCCUUUUUCCUUUAUCCCUUGUUCUCUUUCUUACUGCAACAAUGUUUUCCCUUUUUCCUUUAUCCCUUGUUCUCUUUCUUACUGCAACAAUGUUUUCCCUUUUUCCUUUAUCCCUUGUUCUCUUUCUUACUGCAACAAUGUUUUCCCUUUUUCCUUUAUCCCUUAUUCUCUUUCCUUUAUCCCUUGCUCUUUCAAUGUUUUUCCCUUUUCCUUUAUCCCUUGUUCUCUUUCUUACUGCAACAAUGUUUUCCUUUUUCCUUUAUCCCUUGUUCUCUUUCUUACUGCAACAAUGUUUUCCCUUUUUCCUUUAUCCCUUUUUCUCUUUCUUACUGCAACAAUGUUUUCCCUUUUUCCUUUAUCCCUUGUUCUCUUUCUUACUGCAACAAUGUUUUCCCUUUUUCCUUUAUCCCUUGUUCUCUUUCUUACUGCAACAAUGUUUUCCCUUUUCCUUUAUCCCUUGUUCUCUUUCUUACUGCAACAAAUUUUUCCUUUUCCUUUAUCCCUUGUUCUCUUUCUUACUGCAACAAUGUUUUCCUUUUUCCUUUAUCCCUUGUUCUCUUUCUUACUGCAACAAUGUUUUCCCUUUUUCCUUUAUCCCUUGUUCUCUUUCUUACUGCAACAAUGUUUUCCUUUUUCCUUUAUCCCUUGUUCUCUUUCUUACUGCAACAAUGUUUUUCCCUUUUCCUUUAUCCCUUGUUCUCUUUCUUACUGCAACAAUGUUUUCCCUUUUCCUUUAUCCCUUUGUUUUCCUUUCUUUAUCCCUUAUUUCUCAACAAUGUUUUCCUUUUGCAACAAUGUUUUCCUUUUUCCUUUAUCCUUUGUUCUCUUUCUUACUGCAACAAUGUUUUUUUUCCUUUAUCCUUGUUUUUUCCCUUUUCCUUUACUGCAACAAUGUUUUUCCUUUUCCUUUAUCCUUGUUUUCCUUUUCUCUUUCUUACUGCAACAAUGUUUUCCCUUUUUCCUUUAUCCCUUGUUCUCUUUCUUACUGCAACAAUGUUUUCCUUUUUCCUUUAUCCCUUGUUCUCUUUCUUACUGCAACAAUGUUUUCCUUUUUCCUUUAUCCUUAUUUCUCUUUCUUACUGCAACAAUGUUUUCCCUUUUCCUUUAUCCUUGUUCUCUUUCUUACUGCAACAAUGUUUUCCUUUUCCAAUGUUUCUCUUUUUCCCUUUUCCUUUAUCCCUUGUUCUCUUUCUUACUGCAACAAUGUUUUCCUUUUCCUUUUCUCCCAAUGUUUUCCCUUUUCUUUAUCCCUUGUUCUUCUUACUGCAACAAUGUUUUCCCUUUUUCCUUUAUCCCUUGUUCUCUUUCUUACUGCAACAAUGUUUUCCCUUUUCCUUUAUCCCUUGUUCUCUUUCUUACUGUCAACAAUGUUUUCCUUUUUUUUCCUUUUCCUUUAUCCCUUGUUCUCUUUCUUACUGCAACAAACAAUGUUUUUCCCUUUUUCCUUUAUCCCUUGUUCUCUCUUUCUUACUGCAACAAUGUUUUUUUUCCCUUUUCCUUUAUCCCUUGUUUUCCUCUUUUCUUACUGCAACAAUGUUUUCCCUUUUUCCUUUAUCCCUUGUUCUCUUUCUUACUGCAACAAUUUUUCCUUUUCCUUUUCCCUUAUUCUCUUUCUUACUGCAACAAUGUUUUCCCUUUUCCUUUAUCCCUUGUUCUCUUUUCCACCUUAAUGUUUUCCCUUUUCCUUUAUCCCUUGUUCUCUUUCUUACUGCAACAAUGUUUUCCCUUUUCCUUUAUCCCUUGUUCUCUUUCUUACUGCAACAAUGUUUUCCCUUUUUCCUUUAUCCUUGUUUCUCUUUCUUACUGCAACAAUGUUUUUCCCUUUUCCUUUAUCCUUGUUCUCUUUCUUACUGCAACAAUGUUUUCCCUUUUCUUUAUCCUUGUUCUCUUUUUACCCAAUGUUUUCCCUUUUCCUUUAUCCCUUGUUCUCUCUUUCUUACUGCAACAAUGUUUUUUUCCCUUUUCCUUUAUCCCUUGUUCUCCUUUUCUUAUCCUUCUCUAAUGUUUUCCCUUUUCCUUUUCCCUUGUUCUCUUUCUUGCAACAAUGUUUUCCUUUUCCUUUAUCCCUUUUCCUUUCUUCUGCAAAAAUUUUUCCCUUUUCUUUUAUCCUUGUUUCUUUCUUGCAACAAUGUUUUUCCCUUUUCCUUUAUCCUUGUUCUCUUUCUUACUGCCCAACAAUGUUUUCCCUUUUUCCUUUAUCCCUUGUUCUCUUUCUUACUGCAACAAUGUUUUUCCUUUUCCUUUAUCCCUUGUUCUCUUUCUUACUGCAACAAUGUUUUCCUUUUCCUUUAUCCUUGUUCUCUUUCUUACGUCAACAAUGUUUUCCUUUUCCUUUAUCCCUUGUUCUCUUUCUUACUGCAACAAUUUUUCCCUUUUUCCUUUAUCCCUAUUUCUCUUUCUUACUGCAACAAUGUUUUCCUUUUUCCUUUAUCCCUUGUUCUCUUUCUUCUGCAACAAUGUUUUCCUUUUUCUUUAUCCUUGUUCUCUUUCAACAAUGUUUUCCUUUUCCUUUAUCCCUUGUUCUCUUUUCUUAAUGUUUUGCAACAAUGUUUUCCUUUUCCUUUAUCCCUUGUUCUCUUUCUUACUGCAACAAUGUUUUCCCUUUUCCUUUAUCCCUUGUUCUCUUUCUUUUCAACAAAUUUUUCCCUUUUCCUUUAUCCCUUGUUCUCUUUCUUACUGCAACAAUGUUUUCCUUUUUCCUUUAUCCCUUGUUCUCUUUCUUACUGCAACAAUGUUUUCCCUUUUCCUUUAUCCCUUGUUCUCUUUCUUACUGCAACAAUGUUUUCCUUUUCCUUUAUCCCUUGUUCUCUUUCUUACUGCAACAAUGUUUUCCUUUUUCCUUUUCCUUGUUCUCUUUCUUACUGCAACAAUGUUUUCCCUUUUUCCUUUAUCCCUUGUUCUCUUUCUUACUGCAACAAUGUUUUUCCCUUUUCCUUUAUCCCUUGUUCUCUUUCUUACUGCAACAAUGUUUUCCUUUUUCCUUUAUCCUUGUUCUCUUUCUUACUGCAACAAUGUUUUCCUUUUCCUUUAUCCCUUGUUCUCUUUCUUACUGCAACAAUGUUUUUUCCUUUUCCUUUAUCCCUUGUUCUCUUUCUUACUGCAACAAUGUUUUCCCUUUUUUCCUUUAUCCUUGUUCUCUUUCUUACUGCAACAAUGUUUUCCUUUUUCCUUUAUCCUUGUUCUCUUUCUUACGUCAACAAUGUUUUUCCUUUUCCUUUAUCCCUUGUUCUCUUUCUUACUGCAACAAUGUUUUUUCCUUUUUCCUUUAUCCCUUGUUCUCUUUCUUACUGCAACAAUGUUUUCCUUUUUCCUUUAUCCUUGUUCUCUUUCUUACUCCAACAAUGUUUUCCUUUUCCUUUAUCCUUUUCUCUUUCUUACUGCAACAAUUUUUUCUUUUCCUUUUCCCUUUUUCUCUUUCAACAAUGUUUUCCUUUUUCCUUUAUCCCUUGUUCUCUUUCUUACUGCAACAAUGUUUUCCUUUUCCUUUAUCCCUUGUUCUCUUUCUUACUGCAACAAUGUUUUCCCUUUUCCUUUAUCCUUUUUCUUUCUUUAUCCUUGUUUUCUUUUUCCUUUAUCCUUAUUUCCCUUACUUGCAACAAUGUUUUCCUUUUCCUUUAUCCCUUUUCUCUUUCUUACUGCACAAUGUUUUCCUUUUCCUUUAUCCCUUGUUCUCUUUCUUACUGCAACAAUGUUUUCCCUUUUCCUUUAUCCCUUGUUCUCUUUCUUACUGCAACAAUGUUUUCCCUUUUUCCUUUAUCCCUUGUUCUCUUUCUUACUGCAACAAUCUUUUCCCUUUUCCUUUUUUAUCCCUUGUUCUCUUUCUUACUGUCAACAAUGUUUUCCUUUUUCCUUUAUCCCUUGUUCUCUUUCUUACUGCAACAAUGUUUUCCUUUUCCUUUAUCCCUUCUUACUGCAACAAUGUUUUCCUUUUCCUUAUCCCUUGUUCUCUUUCUUAACAAUGUUUUCCUUUUUCCUUUAUCCUUGUUCUCUUUCUUACUGCAACAAUGUUUUCCUUUUUCCUUUAUCCCUUGUUCUCUUUCUUACUGCAACAAUGUUUUCCUUUUUCCUUUAUCCUUGUUCUCUUUCUUACUGCAACAAUGUUUUCCCUUUUUCCUUUAUCCCUUGUUCUCUUUUUUACUCCAACAAUGUUUCCCUUUUCCUUUAUCCUUGUUCUCUUUCUUACUGCAACAAUGUUUUUCCUUUUCCUUUAUCCCUUGUUCUCUUUCUUACUGCAACAAUGUUUUCCCUUUUCCUUUUUCCCUUGUUCUCUUUCUUACUGCAACAAUGUUUUCCUUUUCCUUUAUCCUUGUUCUCUUUCUUACUGCAACAAUGUUUUCCCUUUUCCUUUAUCCCUUGUUCUCUUUCUUACUGCAACAAUGUUUUCCUUUUUCCUUUAUCCCUUGUUCUCUUUUCUUACAACAAUGUUUUUCCUUUUUCCUUUAUCCCUUGUUCUCUUUCUUACUGCAACAAUGUUUUUCCUUUUUCCUUUAUCCCUUGUUCUCUUUCUUACUGCAACAAUGUUUUCCCUUUUCCUUUAUCCCUUGUUCUCUUUCUUACUGCAACAAUGUUUUCCCUUUUCCUUUAUCCCUUAUUUCUCUUUCUUACUGCAACAAUGUUUCCCUUUUCCUUUAUCCUUGUUCUCUUUCUUACUGCAACAAUGUUUUCCCUUUUCCUUUAUCCCAAUAUUUUCUCUUUUCUUUAUCCCUUGCAACAAUGUUUUUCUUUUUCCUUUAUCCCUUGUUCUCUUUCUUACGUCCACAAUGUUUUCCUUUUUCCUUUAUCCCUUGUUCUCUUUCUUACUGCAACAAUGUUUUCCCUUUUUCCUUUAUCCCUUGUUCUCUUUCUUACUGCAACAAUGUUUUCCCUUUUUCCUUUAUCCCUUGUUCUCUUUCUUACUGCAACAAUGUUUUCCCUUUUUCCUUUAUCCCUUGUUCUCUUUCUUACUGCAACAAUGUUUUCCCUUUUUCCUUUAUCCCUUGUUCUCUUUCUUACGUCCACAAUGUUUUCCCUUUUUCCUUUAUCCCUUGUUCUCUUUCUUACUGCAACAAUGUUUUCCCUUUUUCCUUUAUCCCUUAUUCUCUUUCUUACUGCAACAAUGUUUUCCUUUUUCCUUUAUCCUUGUUCUCUUUCUUACUGCAACAAUGUUUUCCUUUUUCCUUUAUCCUUAUUCUCUUUCUUACUGCAACAAUGUUCUCUUUUUCCAACAAUGUUUUUCCUUUAUCCCUUGUUCUCUUUCUUACUGCAACAAUGUUUUCCUUUUUCCUUUAUCCUUUUUCUCUUUCUUACUGCAACAAUGUUUUCCUUUUCCUUUAUCCUUGUUCUCUUUCUUACUGCAACAAUGUUUUCCCUUUUCCUUUAUCCCUUGUUCUCUUUCUUACUGCAACAAUGUUUUCCCUUUUUCCUUUAUCCUUAUUCUCUUUCUUGUUUUUCCUUUUCCUUUAUCCUUGUUCUCUUUCUUACUGCAACAAUGUUUUCCCCUUUUUCCUUUAUCCUUGUUCUCUUUCUUACUGCAACAAUGUUUUCCUUUUUCCUUUAUCCCCUUGUUCUCUUUCUUACUGCAACAAUGUUUUCCCCUUUUUUCUCCUUUCUUCCAAUGUUUUCCUUUUUCUUAUCCUUGUUCUCUUUCAACAAUGUUUUUCCUUUUUCCUUUAUCCUUGUUCUCUUUCUUACUCCAACAAUGUUUUCCCUUUUCCUUUAUCCCUUGUUCUCUUUCUUACUGCAACAAUGUUUUCCCUUUUUCCUUUAUCCCUUGUUCUCUUUCUUACUGCAACAAUGUUUUCCUUUUUCCUUUAUCCCUUGUUCUCUUUCUUUGCAACAAUGUUUUCCCUUUUUCCUUUAUCCCUUAUUUCUCUUUUCUUACUGCAACAAUGUUUUCCCUUUUUCCUUUAUCCCUUGUUCUCUUUCUUACUGCAACAAUGUUUUCCCUUUUCCUUUAUCCCUUGUUCUCUUUCUUACUGCAACAAUGUUUUCCCUUUUCCUUUAUCCCUUGUUUCUCUUUCUUACUGCAACAAUGUUUUCCCUUUUCCCUUUAUCCCUUGUUCUCUUUCUUACUCAACAAUUUUCCCUUUUCCUUUAUCCCUUGUUCUCUUUCUUACUGCAACAAUGUUUUCCUUUUUCCUUUAUCCUUGUUCUCUUUCUUACUCAAUGUUUUCCCUUUUCCUUUCCCUUGUUCUCUUUCUUAACAAUGUUUUCCCUUUUCCUUUAUCCCUUUUUCUCUUUUUAUCCCUUGUUUUCUUUUCCUUUUCCUUGUUCUCUCUCUUUCUGCAACAAUGUUUUCCCUUUUUCCUUUAUCCUUGUUCUCUUUCUUACUGCAACAAUGUUUUCCCUUUUUCCUUUAUCCUUGUUCUCUUUCUUACUGCAACAAUGUUUUCCCUUUUUCCUUUAUCCUUGUUCUCUUUCUUACUGCAACAAUGUUUUUCCUUUUCCUUUAUCCUUGUUUUCUCUUUCUUAUUCUCUUUCUGCAACAAUGUUUUCCCUUUUUCCUUUAUCCCUUGUUCUCUUUCUUACUCCAAUGUUUUCCCUUUUCUUUAUCCCUUGUUCUCUUUCUUACUGCAACAAUGUUUUUCCCUUUUCCUUUAUCCCUUGUUCUCUUUCUUACUGCAACAAUGUUUUCCUUUUCCUUUAUCCUUGUUCUCUUUUCUUUGCAUGUUUUCCUUUUCCUUUAUCCCUUGUUCUCUUUCUUAUGCAACAAUUUUUCCUUUUUCCUUUAUCCCUUAUUCUCUUUCUUACUGCAACAAUGUUUUUCCUUUUUCCUUUAUCCCUUGUUCUCUUUCUUACUGCAACAAUGUUUUCCCUUUUUCCUUUAUCCUUGUUCUCUUUCUUACGUCCAAUGUUUUCCUUUUUCCUUUAUCCCUUAUUCUCUUUCUUACUGCAACAAUGUUUUCCUUUUUCCUUUAUCCCUUGUUCUCUUUCUUACUGCAACAAUGUUUUCCCUUUUUCCUUUAUCCCUUUUCUCUUUCUUACUGCAACAAUGUUUUUCCCUUUUUCCUUUAUCCCUUGUUCUCUUUCUUACUGCAACAAUGUUUUCCCUUUUCCUUUAUCCCUUGUUCUCUUUUUCUUUGUUUUUCCCUUUUCCUUUAA